CUAUACCUCCCUAUUCGCAGCUCGACGGCGACCUUUUUUUUUCCGACGCUACCCAGCAAUUUUCCGUCCGCCGAGAGGUGGGAACCGGUCAGCAGGCUUGGGACCCUAGCGAUACGAGGUCCGGUGAUGGACAAAGGCGACGAGUGAGUCGGAGCGGCUGUCACCAGUGAUGGCGUCAAGCUCGUUGGGCGACACAAGCUCCAAUGGGUGGCUGCAUAAAGGAAAAAUCAACAUUAGCAAAUGGUCAGCUGAUGCAUCUCUGUGUUGGCUGUUUGUAUUGUAUAUUUCCUCCACCGGCCAAUGUCAAAAUAGAUGAGAAUAUACCACGGACGUAACAGAGAUUGAUUGAACCGGUUGAUUACAAAGGGAAAACCAAAUAUGCUCCUUGUUGGUAAGUUGGCGGUGGGAAGGUAUUUCUGGCUGAGACACGACCAGGUGGUUGGCCGGGAGCGUCCGGCAUGCGCGAAGCUAGGCAAAGAAAGGCGUAGGACUCACAUUAAUCUCGGAAGCACAACGCGCGCAAGAGCACAGGCUCUUAGCUGGUAAUUCCAAAAGGGCCCGAUGAAGAGGGGAAGAGGAUGCAAAAGGCGAUGAGCAAAAGAGGGUAGAGAAUUAAAUAGAUAGAUAGGCAAGAUGCAAGAAAAUUGAAGUUAUAGUACUAGUGAAGGGGGGCCAAGAAUACAGUUAAAAAUAAUGCAAAG